AUGGCGUCGCAGUCAACUGCGCUGGGGAAGCGCAGCACGUCGAGCGCACUCAUGGCACCACCGCCCGCGCCGAAACGCAUCAAGCGCCCGUCGGUGGUGCUGGACGAAGACACAUAUACGUCAGCUGUAUCGCACAUUAUUCGCCGCGACUUCUUCCCCGGGCUUGCAGAGGCCGAUGCGCAGCGCGACUACCUGAAUGCCAUCGAGAGCAAAGACAAAUCAUGGAUCCGCGAAGCUGCCAACAAGCUCACCCAGGUCAUGACGCCUCACCCACGCGGAAAGUCUACGGUAGCAGCGCGUACACGGCUGGACCGUCCAGGUGGCGCUCCAGAGAGGACGCCCAGUGUCUGGGGGCCGGAUACUCCCGUCGCCGCUGUUGAAGCAGGAGCCGCCACGUCAGACGGUGAUGAGGGGUUGGGCAAGCUGGAUCGCCGAGACCUGGAUUUGAGCCUUGGGGCUUUCCAGGCGAAAUACAUCAGCGAGGACCAGGAGAGCUUCAGCCAGAUCAUCGACAAACAGAAUCAAGCCAAAUUCAACAAGACAAGGUGGAUGCACGAUGGCAACAUGUAUGCCAGCAAGCAGCGCAUGGCGCAACAACGAGUGCUCGAGGCCCACGCUGCGACUACGAAAUCACAAGAUGUUGCGAUUGUAAACCGCCCGAGUCAAGACCUCGACCUCCGACCCGCAGCUCCCACCUUCCACAAACACACGGCCUUCAACAGCCUCAUGUUCAAUCCCGACGGCGUCGAGCAAUGGGCUCCCACUCGCGCACAACGAGCAGAGGACGCUUCCCUCGCACCCCCAAAAGCAGUCCUCUACAACAAUACCCGCCUCCCCGCCCCAGAAGCAGAGCCCACGAGACCAACGAGCCCAACCCUAUCCGCCAUCCGCGACGCCGUGGCCGGACAUCCCCGCCUCCAUGCCAGCGAAGCCGGCUACACGGGCUCCGAAACCCCCAGAGUCAACGGCUACGCCUUUGUCGACGCACAACCGCCCGAGCCCGAGCCAGACCCAGACUCCGACUCCGACUCGGCACCCACCAACCUCCUCGAGAAAUUCGGCGUCGACAGCAACUCAAAAGCCACACCCUUCACCCUCCCCGCCGCCUCGUCGCGCGAAAAACUCCACCUGAAAAUGGUGGACAAGAUUUCUGCGAAUCGCGCACAAGUCGCAAAUAAAAAGAUCAACCCACCCACUUCUUCCCUUGGCAUCUUUCCCUCUCAUACCCCUCGGUUUCCUUCUGCUCCUACGCCCGCUCGCUCACGCUUACACGCUGCGCCGCUCACGCCUGCUCGCAAGGUCAAGGCGGACUUGACGCCUGCUGCUCAACGGCUGCUGGAGAAUGUGGGGGGGAAGACGCCGGGGCGGGUUGGGGCUGGGCGUGGGUUUGGGGUAAUGGGGGGUGGGGAGUGGACGCCUGGGUCGAGGGUUGGGCGGGGGGCGUAG